UGUUAUAUCUUUAAAUAGUUAAACGUGUAUUUAUGUGUAAGCCUUAUCGAAACUUGCGCAAUUAUCCCCAUAAAUGCUGUUAAGGCAGCUCUCUGGUUUUCAAGACAUUCCCUGGUGUGUAGUGGGCGGACAGGACUUUUAUUUAGUUUACUCCUCACACUGCUUCCCUUGUCAAACUUAUAAACUAAAGUAAGCAGUCUCUGAAGUUAUUGAUGUCGAGCUGAGUGACGGUCAGACUACAUAAUCUUAGCAGCUUGUCUCUUCAAAUUGUCCGUUGCACACAGGUUCAUAAAAUGGAAUGUUGAGAAACAUUUGAUGGAAAGUGACACAAAACAAAAGACUGGUAGUCUGCAAGAAUGAAAAGAAGAUGUGUCUUACAUUGGUUAAGAUGCAAGUUCUGUGUGUCCGUCCUGUCAUUAUUUGUCGUGCUGAAGCUGGUUUUCAUAACGUUUUCAGUGGACAGCAGUAUCUUCAUCGGGCUCUAUCCUACACAUAGAUUAUCAGAAACCCACUCUCUGGAUAGCAUUAACUGCACAGACAUUUAUAAUCUCGAACCGGUGGAAAUUGGCAAGUCAUUGGAGAUAAGACGCAAAGAAGUUGAGGAAAAUGAUGACGAAAGUCUUGUUUCUUUCACUGCGGACUGCAAGAAUUACACAGAACAGAGGGGCUAUAAUGCGAUCUAUGAAACCAAAGAGGAACACAGCUUUCCACUUGCGUACUCUUUAGUGGUGCACAAGAACAGCGCAAUGGUGGAAAGGAUUAUUCGAGCCAUAUAUGCACCACAGAACAUUUACUGCAUCCAUUACGACCAAAAAUCCUCGAAACAUUUUAUAGAAGCAUUGAAGAACUUGGAGAAAUGUUUGCCCAAUGUAUUCAUUGCCUCUAAACUUGAGUCAGUUUACUAUGCACACAUUUCAAGACUCAAUGCAGAUCUCAACUGCCUUUCAGACCUGCUGAACUCAAAAGUCAAAUGGAGGUAUGUUAUCAAUUUGUGUGGCCAGGACUUCCCACUCAAAUCCAAUUAUGAGCUGGUGACUGAGCUCAGCAAACUGAAUGGUAAAAACAUGCUUGAAUCAAGCCGGCCCAGUGAACUGAAAAAGAAGCGAUUCCAGUUUCAAUAUGAACUUAAAGAUGUAUCUUCUGAGUACCAGAAAAUGCCAGUUGAAACCUCAAAAGAUAAAGACCCACCACCACAUGGCAUUGAGAUGUUUGUUGGGAGUGCUUACUUUGUCUUGACACAUGAUUUUGUUAGAUAUAUUAUUACCAAUCAACUGGCAAAAGACUUUCUGCAGUGGUCAGCUGACACAUAUUCUCCCGAUGAGCACUUUUGGGCAACUAUGACCAGAGUGCCUGGAGUUCCUGGGGAGAUCCUCAGAUCUGAGCCUGAUGUUACUGACCUAAAGAGUAAGACACGUUUGGUCAAAUGGAACUAUCUGGAAGGAUAUCUUUAUCCGCAAUGCACUGGCACACACAUGCGCAGUGUUUGCAUCUAUGGUGCCACAGAGCUCCAUUGGCUUCUGAACUAUGGCCACUGGUUUGCAAACAAGUUUGAUCCCAAAAUCGACCCUGUCAUUAUUAAAUGUCUCGAAGAGAAACUUGAUGAGAAGCGUGUUCAACAUUACCUGAACAGAGACUCUUAAAAAGAGGGGCAUUUUGUUAUUUAUUCUGCUUUGUGUUGAUUGAAACGUGUAUGUUUGCUGCUGAUUUGGGUCCAUUCAAAAAAAUAACUGUGGGAAAGGUCAGCUGGAUUUCUGAGUCUACCCUGUUACUUUGUUGUCAUCCACUCCAUAUACAAAAUCAGUAUAAAUGCGUUUAUUUCACAUUUGGAAGGGCAUUUCUGCUUUAGCUUUGUUGCUCUUCCCAAAAAUAAAUUAAUAAAUUAUAUGUGCCUUAGCUAUGAAUUCACUUGUUUUAAUUGAUUAAUUCCAAUACUGAAAGUUGCAUUAUUGAAUCUGUUUAGAUGGGAUCUUUUUAGGGUUUCAGCAGUGAGGGUUUUGCUUGUUUUUGUGUUUCUUUCAUAUGCAAAUAAUUAUUACUUGCCUUCAAAGUAAAAAUACUGUAUAUUGUUUAAUGAAUUGAUAGCAAUAUCUAUAAAGUUUCUCUCUUUUUAAGUGUAAUACACUUGCAUUUCUGAAUAGUAAUUUAUAUGGUGAUGCUGUGUCAUUUUAUACAUUAAAAUAAUUGACGAUCUCUACUGUACUGUCUGGUCAAUGUUUACUUUAUAAAAUCAUUUCAGCUAUUGUAAUUUUAUUGAAAUAGUCUUCCUCCUCACCUCUAUGAAACAAUAGUUUAAACAAAACAAUGUGGUCACACCUGUGUAUUUAGAGCUGUACAAUGUCCCUCAUAAUUUUCUUUAAACAGUUUUAUUUCUUCAGAGUAGGCUUAUGGAUGUACUUUGUGUUUGCUUGCAUUCUGCUUGUUUGCACUAUACACAAUGUGAUAAAAUAACUUGUUUAAACAGGAUGCAGAUAUGUGCAUUAUCGUCAAAAGCCCUAUUCGGAUGGGACUACUUUUCCGGACAUACUGUAUGUCUGUAAUAUAAUUAUUAUUGCGGAUAUCUGCUAUGUUUAGUUGUUGGCCGAUAUGUAAGGGUAAUGUACAGUCAGCCUGUUGUUAUCGCAUAUCAUUACAUAGCUCUCUGGAAUACCCGAUAACGAUUGAUCAAUUAGCGAUCAGAUAUUUCUCAGUAACAACCACACAUCCAUGUAUCAGACCACUCAUCUGGCUUAUUGCAAGUCAUCUUUCCUGCUUCUCGGAUCAUUGUGAGAUCUCUACAA